GUCAAGGGAGUGAAAUCAAAAAGCUAAAGGACCGCAGAGAAAAAAGGUGGAAAGUUUCAAGGAAGUUGCCACCAUCCAAAUGCAGCAGCAGGCUCAAAUUCCAAGAUAAACAGUUAAACAAAGAGGACUUCCAGAAGAUCACCACCAUUUGGAUAGUGGCAGCUAGCAUCCGAAUAGUAUAA